AUGUUUCCAGACCAUGUUGUGCUCAAAGCGACCUUUGAUGGAGCUGCCAACCAGUUUAUCAGGUACAUUUGGCCGACACCACAGCCAGUCCCUUGGCAACAUGUGCCUGACCUUGCCCAGCCUGUUGACUUUCAACAUGCCUCACCCACUGAGCAGUAUGCCAACCUUUGGAACAUGCGUGAAAGCUCUGCUAGUGAUGCGUUGAAACAUGCAUGGCAGCCCAACAUGCAAGGGCGUGGCCAACGCACUGCCACCACCAUCCGCCGUGGAUGGCCUGCACCACCGAAACAGGGCCGCAGUUUUGACCCACAACCCACCUUCAUGGGUUAUGAUGUGCAGCACGCUCGGUGGUUGCGACAGCUGCGCCGCUUGGUCAACUACCACCAAUGGGCCAAAUGCCACUGGCAGUAUGCAUCCGUUGCUACUUGGACUCAUGGACUUUUGCUUUGGCGUAGCAUUUUGGAUGCCACAGGUUUUGGACUUUCGUUCUCAAAAUGGUGGUUGGGCAGAAGUUGUUUUGGGUUAGAUGACCCUGGAUGUGUUCCAUGUUACCCGCCUGCACCUGAAGUGGCCUUGCAACUUUGUGAGUGUUUUCAAUGCGAAGUGCGGGCUCUUGAAAGACGACUGCACCAAGCCAAGCUGUCCAGCAGGAGGCAAGCACACCUGCACAACCCCAAGUUGAUUUUCAAGGACACGAAACGUCCGCCGCCUGAGCCUGUUACUUCCCUUUUAGCGCAGAGUAGCUCAGUGGUUGUGGAAGUUGAUGAAACGGAUGUUGCAGUGGUGAUUGAGCCACCUUGUCAGUUUGACGACAGCCGCCCAGUAGUGCUAGACACUGUUCCUGUGCAAGUGAUCCAUGCCACAGACACCAAACUGUACUUGACAUCGGUCCAAGAUGCCAUGGUUGGAACAAAUGUCACGCAGUCCAGUCCUGUAGGAGCCCUUGAUGCAGUGUUUGAAGCGUUUCAUGAGCAAUGGAAAAAGCGUUGGUGCCGCCAUGAUGAGGUGCCCACUUCUCACUGGCAAACUUUGGUUGACUUUGCUAGAGCCACCAUGCCACAAUGGUUCAUGCCACCGCUUGAGAUCAGCCCGGAGCUCCUUUUGGCAGAGGUCACACAUAAGAAACCCACUGCCGCCACGGGUAUGGAUGGAGUGUCACGCCGUGACUUGGUAGCUGCAGGCCCAAACCAGCUGUCCAGUUUUUGCAGCCUCUUUGCAAGAGCAUCUCGUGAUGGUGCCUGGCCACUUCAAAUUGUGACAGGCAAAGUCGCCAGCUUAGCCAAAAAGCCCCAGCCGCUUGGCACGGGCGACUACCGGCCCAUCACAGUUUUCAGUUUGCUGUACAGAUGCUUCAGCUCCCUGCAGGCUAGGCACCUGCUGGCCAAAGCCGAUGAAUGGUGUCACCCAGACAUCCAUGGCAACAGGAAAAGCCACCAAACGGCUCACCUUUGGCGCAGUUUGGUGGACCAAAUACAGUGUGCCUAUGACCAAGACCAGAGCUUGAGUGGCCUAACAGCCGAUAUAGAGAAAGCAUUCAAUUGCUUGCCAAGGUACCCAGUUUUGGCCAUGGCUCUCCACGUCGGCACCCCCUUUGAAGUCAUGACAGCAUGGACCGGAGCCCUUGCGUCAAUGGUCAGAAGGUUCAAGGUUCGUGAUAGCUUCAGCAAGGGCUUUACCACCAGCACCGGACUUGCCGAAGGUUGCGCCUUAAGCUGCUACGGAAUGUUACUGCUUGAUGAUGUUAUGCACAGGUAUGUUCAUGCCCAAUGCCCACAAAUCAGGGUGCUCAGUUUUGUGGAUAACUGGGAUUUCCUCACCUGGGACCCAGCAUGUGCCACCCGACAGAUGGAUGUCUUGCAGGCCUUUGCCUCCCUGACAGACCUGACAGUCGACAGGCAAAAAACGUUCGGCUGGUCUACCAGUUCACUGGUUAGGGGGCAGUUCCGCAGUGUUGGCAUCCCUGUCAAACACCACGCCAAAGACUUAGGCGCGCAUGUGGCCUUUUCACGCCAACGCACAAACCAAACGUUGGCUCAACGGCUUGACAGCCUUGCACCGUUUUGGGAUCAGCUCAGAUCCAGCCGUGCCAGUUAUCAUGCAAAGCUGCGUGCACUGCGAUGUGUUGCUUGGCCUCGUGGCCUUUUUGGGGUGGCCAGUGCCCCUUUGGGCUCAGCUGUUUGGUUACGUCACCGCCGCUUGGCAGUCAAGAGCCUUGCCUUUGAUAAACCAGGCGUCAACCCCGGCUUGCUCUUAGGCCUUGUUGAAGCUCAAGCUGAUCCGGAAUGGCUUGGAAUUUUGGCCACCGUUGCUGAAGCACGCCAGUUUUGCCCCCUGGAUUUUUGGGCUUUGGACUUAUACCAUGCAGCAUGUGGUGACACUGCACCACCGCCGUCCUCUCCCACGGCGGUUCUUCUUUCCCGUGUGCGCCAGCUUGGUUUGAAUGUUUGCGCUGAUGGGCAAUGGCAGGAUGCAGUUGGCAGUUUUCAUCCUGGUAUGGUCAAUUUUGCGGAGUUGUCCUUGCGUUUACAAUGGUGUUGGAAUCGGUUGAUUGCGGCCUCCGUCUGUCACCGCAAAGACUUCGGUGGGUUGGUCCAUGUAGACGUUGUCACCACACGUCGCUGCCUGAGCCUGUUGCCCCCUGACCAACAGGCGCUCAUGAGACUGAGCCUUAGUGGAGGCCUGUACACACAAGAUGCCCAUGCGCAUUGGAAUGAUGGCCCUGGCACUUGUAAGUGGUGUGGUCAGUUGGAUUCCCUUGAACACCGUUACUUCCAUUGCCCGGCUACCAGCCGUUUGAGGUUGCAAGUUGCCCCUGACUUGGUUCGGCUCCGAGCCUCUGUGCCUGAUGCUUUGGCUUUGCGCAGCUGGGCCAUCCAGUGCCUCCUUGUGCAGUGGAAUUUUCCUCUUCUCGGUGGAAUUGUGUGUUUACUGAUGGUUCCUGUCUGUGGCAGUCCCUACCUGAUGUACGCGUUGCUGCUUGGGGUGUUGUCCUUGCUGUCCCGUUCAGUGGCCAUUGGACUUCUGCCGGCCCACGCGUCCUUUGUUCUGGUCAGUUGCCUGGUCUGUGUCAAACGGCUUACCGUGCUGAACUGUAUGCCCUUUGUGUUGCUCUGCAUCAUGCGGCUGUGGGGGGUUGGUCUGAAGCAGAACACAGGAAAUGCGGAUCUCUGGCAAUGGCUCCUUUCUUCACUGGACAGACUUGGACAAAACAAUGUGCAACUGAUCAAGACGCCGGCGCAUCGGCGUGUUUCUUCAGCUACUACACAGCGGGAAGCGUGGCAGUUUUGGAACAAUUCAGUUGCAGACCAGGUGGCCAAGUUUGCCAAUUUGGACAGAGGAGAAGAGUUCUGGACAACAUGGAGCGAGCAUGCACAAGCAGUCACAGCGGCGAAGCAGUUGCAUGAACAAGCGUGGCAACUGCAUUUACAGGUUGGUUUGCUCAGUGUACAAGACAGUGCAAGUGCCGAUUUGGAUGUCGAAGUGGUGCAUGUGCCGCGACCGUCGCGGGUUUUUGAGCCCAGGUUUUGCAUUGCUGCAUGGAAGGGAUCCAUCCCUCCAGCCUUUGCCAAUGAGUAUGGCUAUGGAAUGGCUUCCAGAAUUGCCCAAUGGUGGACAGCUCGCACUUCAGCGGGCACAGAGGAGAUCAAAUGGGUGUCCUUCGUACAUUUGUACGUGGACUACCAACUUACAUGGGGCUGCGCAGGACCACUGCAAAGCAAAAAGACUUGGUUAGACAUUUUCCUGAGGCCCUACUUGGAUGCAGGCAAAUACCCUUUCCUAAAAAAAGUCAAAUGGUUCAGACGUUGCCUCAAGCAGUUUUGGAGCCAAAGCCAGCAAGUCAUCGGCAUGGAGCAAUGCCGAUGUGCCAGUGAAAUCAUACAGACGCAUAUCCAGUCGGCGUCGGUGAGAUGGGAUGCAGCAGCCCUUCACAUGACUGAAAACUGGAUAGCUGAGAACUGCAGAGAGCCUGUAGCACGAGGGACAAAGGUCCUCCAAUCCCUCCCGAUUGCAAACGCAAUCCCAGGGUUGAGGGUUAGUGACAAUGCAUCCAAUGAUGAUGCGAUGUCCGGCGAUCUCGCCGCCUAG